UCCGUCCGCUCAGACCUCACUCUGUUUCACCUGAUUCCACACGCCAGUCCAGGUAUGAUUGUCCGUAUGACACUCCCUGGGCGAAUUGAUAGGCACAAACGCUCCGUCGAUGCGGCAGUGCAGAUGACUCCCGCACUAAGGACGGUAUGCCGACUUGGCACCAUCUAUCCUCGAGCCAUGUUCCUAUCUUAAGUUGGCCCUCUUCAUCAUAGAAGCAUUUUACCCAAGUCCUAAGAUACUUACUUGCCCGUACUCUCGAAAGUCUUCCUGUUGUUUUCCUUCCCUGACCUGCCGGGCGAUUUGGUUGUGUCUCUAUCUGGCCGAGUCCCCUUAUUGUCGAAUCAAGUUGAUCGCCAUGCGGAGUUCAUUAGUCUCGUCGUUGUUCAUAUUUGUCUCGAGCGUUGUUGCCUGGGGAGAUGUGGGUCAUCGAACAGUUGGCUACCUUGCGGAGAAGUACUUCAGCGACGAAGGAAAAGAAUUUGUACAUUCCCUCCUUGCGAAUGAAAACGAUUGGGACAUCUCCGAUGCGGCUACUUGGGCCGAUGUAAUCAAGUAUCACCGACCUUACUCAAGGGAAUGGCACUAUAUCGAUGCCAAAGAUGACCCUCCACACCAUUGCGACCUCCAACUCCUCCGAGAUUGCCCUCAAGAUGGCUGCAUCAUUUCCCAAAUCGUCAACCAGACAAACCUGGUCCUGGACACAAGCAACAGUCACACCACUCGACGAGAAGCGCUGAUGUAUAUUAUCCACUUCAUCGGAGAUCUACACCAACCGCUCCACACGGAGAGGAUGGCGCGCGGGGGAAACGGGAUCCACACAUGUUUCGACCACCGUUGCAGCCGGGAGAAUCUUCAUGGGAUUUGGGAUACCGAUAUCGUACACAAGCUCAACGGUCUCCGGCACUCCGAGAAACACGACACGCUGAAAGACGCGGCGGCAAAAUGGGGCAGGGUGCUGUUUGAUCAGGCGCAAGGCCAAAGUGCUCAAGCUGAAGAGUGCAACGAUGUGAAGGAACCGGAACAUUGCGCGCUUGCCUGGGGACAGGAGGCGAACGGACUUGUUUGCAGCUAUGUGAUGAAGCCUGGUGUCGAGUGGUUGGAGAAGAAUGACCUUGGUGGGGAGUAUUUUGAAGGCGCGGCUCCUAUUGUCGCGGCUCAAAUCAGCAGAGCCGGGACCAGGUUGGGGGCAUAUGUGAACGCACUCGCAGCAGAAAUUGCGAAAGGAACACCGGCGAUUCCAGUUGCGGGGAAACGAUUCGAUUUAUGAUCUAAGUGCAGUACUCACCAUUUCCUUUCCGGGGGCAUGGAAGCGGCGGUACAUUUCAAGUAGAACUCCUAGAUAUGUGUCUCUAGCGGUUGAUUGACCUGUAUGCAGCAGGGUCCUAUGCCACGGUCAUAAUUUGAUGAAUUCCAUACCCGGACAUCAGGAUUUCCAAUUCACAUCAUGUACGAUACUCACUACAGAUGGAAUAAUCAGAUUGCAUAAUCGCGUGCAGAAAGCGCAUAGGCACGUGAUCACGCGACAACCCAACUUCAUCGUGUUCGGCGUGUCCUAUUCACAGCGUCACUGUUGC